AUGUUAACUUCUUUAGAUCUUUCAUAUAAUUUCCUUGGUAAUAAUGUGGGAAAUGCAUUAGUAAAUUCGCUUCACAUGAACACAACCUUAACGUCACUGCGAAUUAAUGGUAAUCAAUUUGAUUUUGAAGUAGAGAAAGCUUUAAAAGAAAUAAUUCAAAAAAGAGGUGGUAACCAAUUUACUUUGGAAGUAGAGGAUGUAUUAAAAAAAAUAAUGCAAAAAAGAGGCAGUUUCUUGGAUACUCGAUUGGAUCCUGGUGACGAUAACAUUGAGGAACUAUAUAAAGAAAAUAACAUGAAUAUUAGAAAUAUUAUUUCUACUUCCGUAUUUGGGAUAGGAAGCAUAGCUACUUUGAUCAGUUCUUUUUUUCCUUUUAUGAAAUUUUUACCUGGAAACCAACUAAGUAUUAAAGAAAAGAUUGAAGAGCAAAUUAUAGAAUGCUCGGAACAUAUAUAUAAAGUAGAAGAUUGCGAGAAGAAUGAUACAGAGAAAGACAUAAAAAACCCCUUUUCACUUAGAUUUCAUUAA